AUUUAAUAUAUAGAGAGAUAUAACAUAAAUAUGCAGGAAGGGUAUGAUGAUGAUGAUGGAAAUUUCUAAGAUGAUUAAGAUCAAAAUGAAGAGGAUUAUGAUUAAUUUAAUUAAGUUGAUCAGAUGGAAUCUAAUCAAUUUGAUAACUGUAGAUAUAUUUUUAUUAUAUUUGGUUAGCAUAAAAAGAGAAAUACUAAUAAGAUAGGAAUUAUGGUAAUUAUUAGCCAGAUUAAUAAAAAUAAAUUGAAGAUAAGAUAUCAGAAGAUUUAGAAGAAAAAAUGAAAAUGUUAGAUGAGUAUUCUAAAGAUAAAAGUGAAGAAUAGAUACUAAAUAUUAGAAUGCAUUAAUUAGCAUUAGCUAAAGUAUUAAAUAUUUUUGAAUAUGAAAAGAUUUUGGUAUUUACACAUGGAAAAGGCUAAUUUAAAUUAGUGAAAGCUCAUACAAAUAUAGGUGAAGCAUAUUUGAAUUAUAAAUGUUAUGAAUAAGCUAUUGAUCAUCUAACUUUAGCUUUAAAGAAGAAUGCGAAAUUAUAUAAUGAAGAAUAGGAAAGUAAAAGUUAUAAUGCAAUCAUACUUACAUUAUUAGGAAAAUGUUAUUUAGAAAUUAAUAGUUAUGAAGAGUCUUUAGAUUUAUUAAAGAAGGCUUAUGAAACAUAAUGUUAAAUUUAUGGAGAUGAAACCGAACAUUCCAUUUAAACAUUGACUCUUAUGUCUAAUUGUCAUACGUAAUUCAUAUCAUUAAUAUUAAAGUAAAAUGAAAGAUUAUGAUGCUAGUGAAGAAUGUAUUACUAAAGUGUUUGCUAUUACUGAAGCUAAAUAUGGAUAUAAGUCAGAAUAAAGUGCUAUUUCAUAUAUUGAAAAAGCAAAGAUAUUUGCUUGUUAAGAAAAUUGGAGAGAAGCUAUUUAAUGUUAAACUAGUGCUAUUGAUAUGCUUGUUGAGAUUAAUUAUCAUAAAACAGAAUAUGUUGCAGAACUCUAUUCAUAAUUAUCUACUUAUUUUGAAAAAAUUCAAUAAAUUGAUGAAUAAAUCGCAUGUCUUUAAAAGGUUAAAUAAAUUUAUAUUGAAUUAUAUACUGCAUAAGAUAAAAAAGUUAUUAAAAUUAAAAGACAAAUUGCUAUCAUUUAAUUAAAAUAAGAAAGACAUUAAGAAGCUCUAGCUGAAUUGUAUGAAACUGAAGAUUUAGAAGUCAAAGUUUAUGGAGAAGGUAGUGUCUAAGUAGCUAAAACUUAAAAAAUUAUAGGUAUUUUUAUUUAUUUUUUUAAAUCUUAGGAACUAUUUUAUUGUUAGUUCAAGAAUUUAGAGAUGCUUUAAGCUAUUUCUAAAAGAGCUUAAAAACAUUUGAAGAGAAUGGAAUGAAAAAAGCUGUAGCUGAAGUUAAAUAAAAAAUUAAAUGUGCUAAAGAAAUGAAAGAAAAAGGAAAAGGUUAAUUAAAUUUAAAAGAUAGAUAAAAUUUGAUGUAAGAUUAUUGA